UGAAGGGGCUGCUGCUUGUUUUUUGGGGUGAGGCUUUUGUUCUUUCUUUGCGUUCGGGGAGGGGGAGAGGGGUUUACUCGAGCCAUGCUUUUGGCCCCCGAUGCUUGUUAUUAUUAUUCUCGGCCAGCCUGCGCACUCCACACCUACACCCCAAGGUGUCCAUGUCCCUCUUUCCUUUCACUUUACUCUUUUCCCCCUCUGCCACCGUCAACAUACGAGCGCCGCCAUGCCAUCGUCCUGAUCCAUCGGCCAUGAAAACUGGCAGAUGCAAGGGAGACAACGGAUCUCGCCCACCAACGACGAGAAACGGCUCAAAAGACACGUUGCCACUGUCGUCUUGAACACUGUCGGACGCACGCACUCUCACCAAACGGGAUAGAGAAGCAGAGGGCUGGAAAGAGGGCGCAAACGAACGUCUGUUGAUUCGGAACGCACGCGAAGUCAAGAGAGAGGGGGUUUUCAUUCGCGGCCCGCUGCAGGACACGCCACACCACCAGACGAUGCCAGCUAUCGACACACGCUUGUUAUGAAGACGCCAAGAAUGGAAUUCGAAUAGAUCGACGACUUCCCGCUCAAACACUCACAUGCACACACGCACACACAGAUACUCUCACACUCGUUGAUCCAAUACCAGUCACUCGUUACCUUGUUCUAUCUUUAUCUGCUUCGCCCUUAGCACCACCAUUAUCGCCGCCAACGGCUCGAUUCGCCUCCCCCAGUUUACCAAAAAAAGACGACCAACCAGACCGAGCUGGUCAGCUCAGCCUCUUGGCACUACGCCACCCCAUCCACGCCAUGGCCAAAUCACUGCGCGGGUCUUCACUCCCUCAGGCCCGCUCCCACCAUCACAAUCAUUACCAUCUACACGACAAACGCGCCGCCACUCCUGAGAAUGCCCAUUACUACCAACAUCGACAACUCAACGACGAUCCCAGUUCGACUCCCAGCCCCGACGUCCAACCGUCAACCACCUCAGGUCCUAAGGUAGUCGUACAGACCGUCUCGCUCGUUCAAAUAGUAGAUGCCUCUGGCGUCCCCAUCGAAGUCCAGACCAUCUUUCCAACAUCCGCCACCGUGGAUGCCGAACCGGCCACCAGUGCCGCUCUGGGCUUCUCAAUUGCUGCGGCGCCAUCGUCGUCGGCGUCGUCUUCGUCGUUGUCCACCGGCGACCAGACCUCGGAGUCAUCCACCACCACCAUCACCUCCUCUUCCUCCAACGAUGCCUCGCUGUCCACGCCGGCCACGACGACGUCCUCACCUACGGACCCUUCCGCCAGUCAGGAAAUAUCCCUGACGUCCGAUCCUUUGACUACCACGCCAGCACCCUCGGCACCGGCGCCGUCACUCUACCUAACGUUGAGUGGUCAAUCAAACUCGACGAUUUCAUUCCUUACUUCAACGAACUCCUCUUCAACAUCAGUCUCUACCACAGCCACUUUAACGAGCCAGCUUUCAUCUGGCACAAGCAGCGUAACGUCUUCAGUGCUUUCUUCCCUCUCUUCGACAUGGGACUCGAUUUCUGAUUCAACGUCGAGCACCGGUGGACCGAGCACUUCCACCUUUACCACGAGCGCAUCGUCGACGCUGGAGCCAACAGCCUCCGGAGACGGGACUGCAGGUGUCAUUGGCGGCGGCGGCGGCGGCGGAGCAGGCCAACCGACGGCAACGGCGACUUCCACGGCUAAUGAUUCCGACAGUGAAGGCGCUUCUACGCCCACCGCGACCGUCGUUGGCAGUGUCGUAGGGAGCUUGGCCGGAGCAGCUUUUCUCGUGGUGUUGGUGUUCCUUGCCCUUCGCUGGAAGAAGCGUUCAGGCGGACGUUUCCGCCUCAGCGAAGCCAGUAUGGGCAAGCGCGGCAUCCUUACCGGUUCCCGCGGUCCCGAAGGCGGCAACAGCAGCGGGAUGAUUCAGCGGUCAUUGUCGUACGGCCCGACCGCCGCUGCGGCUGGAGCCGGAACCGCCGCGGUAGCCGCUGCUCACAAGCCAUUGUCACGAAGGGCUAGCGAACCCUCCGAGACAGGCGAAAAAGGUUUCGUCCGCGUGGCCGGCAGGAAACUGCCAUCGGUGCUACAAUCUGGGGGCGACGGCUACACCGAUCCCCGCGAAGGUGGCUCAGGCGUUGGGGGUGUUGCAGGUACCACAAACGACGACGAAUCGGUAUAUUAUCGCGACUCGCAAGCCUUCUUCGACCCUGGGGGACAGACUCCUCGUCUCGCGCUCGGCUCGCCCAUGAGACCGGUGAGCGGUGUCGUGGUCCUCAAAGAGUCUCCGGCCCGGACACCCGUAACAGAGUCGGCCCCGUUUUCGGAUCAAGACAAUUCAUUUGUCCCGUUAGCGCCCCCGGCCCGGGACCCCAUUGGUCGGACCCUGCCGUCGCAGGACGGUUCUCGGGGUUCCCGAGGCUCGGGCUCGAGGUUCCAUGAAGACAUGUGAACCCCUUUCUACCCAUCUUCCGUUUCUUCUUCUUUCUCUUUCCCUUUUUUUUUUUUUUUUUUUUUUUGAAACAACUGGCUGGCGACCGGCCGGCUUCAACAUACCUUGACGCGUAUUGUACAUUCUCACCAUCUUUGGACGAUAAUCAUUAGUAUCUAUUCGGGGCGGAGGGUUCUUUUUAUCAUCAUCUAUGCGGCUCUACGAUGGCAUAUGGAUUGGCGUUGAGAGUCUUCCUCUUCUCCUUGUUCCUUUUCUCGCCCUAGCACGUGCGAUACGAGCCUGUUAUCCAGCAGAGCGGAAGCGAGGUGGAUCCCUCGAGAAUGAAAUGAGAGGGGGUCCGGGCCGAGACGUGUGCGCGACGGCUUUGCACCGCAACGGCAUGGACAGAUGCGGCAGGAUACGAGGUGGGGGCAAGCGUUGGCUUGUAUGUAGAUAUGAUCUGGCCUCGGACAGCGUAGGAGAGAAGGGCAAAGAGGAGACUGCCUUGGGGGUCACGGCCACGAAGGAAAGAAGUCUAAAUGCCUCUGCUACGAUGCAUAUACAACCCUGCUUCAUGCGCAGGGUGUCACUGUCAAUAUACACGG